AUGGGCGAGCGGCACAUGUCAAGCAUCUUUCCUGAAUGCGAUCAAUUGAAACAGGUUUUUUUAAAAUUCAUUCGAGAAUAAAGAAAAUCCUUGCUUUGGUCAUGGCUCUGUAUGGAAAACAGGUAAAAAUGUAACUUUCAUUUUUUUUUUUGUGUUUUUUGUUUUCUAGUAAGAAUUUUUCAGUUAGAAAUAAUUUUUAACCCUGAUUUCCAAUUUUUUUAAGUAAGAUUAAUCCUUGAAAUAAUAAUAUCGUGAAAUAAUAAUAAGUGCAGUCAGAUUCAGCUUAUGAAAAGAAAGAUUGUUUCAGAUCUACGACAAAUGCUUCACGGAGUUCUUCCAACGGUUCAUUUCUCCGAAUUAUCGGCACAGCUACGCGAGUAAUCCAUGUGAUCGACUAUUAGAAGUUUACCAACAUUGUGUUGAAGAGGUUUUUUUAAAAAUUUAUAUAAUAAAAAUAUAUUUAUUCACAGGAAAGAAAACAAAAUAACAAGAAGUUGCUGCCCUCAUGAGCUAGUGAGAGAAGAAUUUUUGCGAAAAAUGCACAAAAAAAGGAAAUUUUUAUUGAAAAAAAUAGCUUCCUGAAAUAAUUACAAUGAAAAUUCCCUUGAUUCCAGCGGUUAGAGAAGAACAAGCCGUUCGAAAUCGAUCUGGAAGAAAUCCGGAAAGAAUAUUUGAACUCCCCCGAAGACGACCUCAAGGAUCGACAACAAUAA